GGCGGGGGCUCAGGUGCUUCCCCUGCGGCCAGACGGCGACGCGAGCGAGCUGACGAGGCAGCCGGGACCAUGGAGAUCGUGUACGUGUAUGUCAAGAAGCGAAGCGAGUUCGGGAAGCAAUGCAACUUCUCCGACCGCCAGGCCGAGCUGAACAUCAACAUCCCGCCCAACCCGGAGCUGGCCGAGCAGUUCGUGGAGCGGAACCCCGUGGAUACGGGCAUCCAGUGCUCCACCAGCAUGUCAGAACAUGAGGUCAACACGGAGCGGUUUGAGAUGGAGUCCCGGGGGAUUAACCACGUGGAGGGGGGCUGGCCCAAGGAUGUGAACCCCCUGGAGCUGGAGCAGACGAUCCGGUUCCGGAAGAAGGUGGAGAAGGACGAGAACUACAUCAACGCCAUCACGCAGCUUGGCUCGAUCAUGGAGCACUGCAUCAAGCAGAAUAAUGCCAUUGACAUCUACCAGGAGUAUUUUGAUGACGAGGAUGCGGUGGAGGUGACAGAUGAGGCCCCUUCAGCUAAAACCAUCAAUGUUUUAAGGGAUCCCCAGGAAAUCAAGCGGUCAGCCACGCACCUCUCCUGGCACCCUGAUGGCAACAGAAAGUUGGCAGUGGCAUAUUCUUGCUUGAAUUUUCAACGUGCGCCCGAGGGCAUGAGCCAUGAAUCGUACAUCUGGGACCUGGAAAAUCCCAACAAGCCUGAAAUCGUCCUGAAACCAUCAUCACCUCUUGUCACCUUGGAGUACAACCCCAAAGAUUCCCACGUGCUUCUGGGAGGCUGCUACAACGGGCAGCUGGCCUGUUGGGACACCCGGAAGGGCAGCCUGGUGGCGGAGCUGUCCACUAUUGAGUUCAGCCAUCGAGACCCCGUGUACGGCAGCAUCUGGCUACAGUCGAAGACGGGCACUGAGUGCUUCUCAGCAUCCACGGACGGGCAGGUCAUGUGGUGGGAUAUCCGAAAGAUGAGCAAGCCCACCGAGGUGGUGAUCCUGGACAUUGCCAGAAAGGAGCAGUUGGAGAAUGCCUUGGGGGCUAUCUCCCUGGAGUUCGAGUCUACUUUGCCAACCAAGUUCAUGGUGGGCACCGAGCAGGGCAUUGUCAUCUCCUGCAACCGCAAGGCCAAAACGUCAGCUGAGAAGAUUGUGUGCACCUUCUCAGGCCACCAUGGCCCCAUCUAUGCCCUCCAGAGAAAUCCAUUCUACCCUAAGAACUUCCUGACUGUGGGCGACUGGACCGCCCGCAUCUGGUCAGAAGACAGCCGGGAGUCGUCCAUCAUGUGGACCAAGUACCACAUGGCUUACCUCACCGAUGGCGCCUGGAGCCCAGUGAGGCCGGCGGUUUUCUUCACCACCAGAAUGGACGGGACCCUGGACAUCUGGGACUUCGUGUUCAAGCAGUGUGACCCUGCCCUCAGCCUCAAGGUGUGCGACGAGGCCCUCUUCUGCCUCCGGGUGCAGGACAACGGAUGCUUCAUCGCCUGUGGCUCCCAGUUGGGGACGACCACGCUGCUGGAGGUCUCGAAUGGGCUGUGCACCCUCCAGAAGAAUGAGAAGAACACGGCUUCUUUGAUAUUUGAGCGGGAGACCCGGCGGGAGAAGAUUCUGGAGGCGAGGCACCGGGAGAUGCGGCUGAAGGAGAAAGGCAAGGCGGAAGGCAGGGAUGACUCCCUGAGAGAGGAGGAGCCCACCUUCCACCUGGAGGAGCUGGUCACCAAGGCCGAGGAUGAGUUCUUCAACAUCAUCUACUCGGAGCUGAAGAAGAAAGAGACGGAAGCCAUGAAGAAGACAAAGCCUAAACAGCCGGGUCUGGAGGCAGAUGAAGAGGUGGAAGGAGAGGACCUUGGUGAGGAAGAAGGAGACGGUGCCCAGGCUCCCACCUAGAAGGGGCAGGCCAGCCUUGCCCGCGGCCCCUCUCGCGCCGCACCUCCGUCUCCCAUCCCCUGGCACCGCCUUGGCUUUG